GCUCUGAUUGGUCAAAUGUUGACUCCUAAACAAGAUGGCGGCGGAUAGGUGCCGGAGGGUCGUCUGCCUUGCACUUUUCCUCAUUUUCUUCGGUUUUCCCGCCUUUAUUGGCGGCAAUGACGACAUAGACCAACAGAUCUUCCAGCCAGGAAUUCAAGGAACACUGAACGUUGGCGUAGCAAAGCCUAGAAGAUACCUACUGUACGAUAUUAACCCAGGAGAGGGCUUCAACCUGCGGAGAGAUGUCUACAUGAGAGUGGCUAACUUGGUGAAGAAGCUGCAGGAUCACGGGUCCUGGGUUCUAGUCCUGCCGCCGUGGGGCCGCCUAUACCACUGGAAGUCCAGCACGGAGAAACAACAGACUAAAAUCCCCUGGUCAGCUUUCUUUGACCUGGAGAGCUUAAACAGACAUAUUCCUGUUAUCGAGUUUGAAGAUUACAUAAAAGAAACUGGUUCAGCAGAGAUGGACGAGAUGUGGUACCUACAGAGUUACAAGGACGGAUUCUUCAAGACGGGGAAAUGGGAGGAAAAGGUGGACGAACGCGACUGUAACGAUCCUCCCGUUUAUCACCCCGACCAGAGUGGACAUUACCGCGGCUGGUUCUGGGGAUACGACGAGGCGUAUGUCUUGAAGUUCAAGUGUGUGUCGGCGCAGGCCAAUGCUGGUCUGAUGGUCAAACCUCUCACAGAAAAUACUACAGCAAGGUCUGUUAUGAUCAACAGAGCAGAGGUUCUUCUACAUGAUGCUUAUGGACAGACAGACUACUGGGCUGCCCGGAGAAGCAUGCGUUUCUCCAAGGAGUUGCGGUUUGUUGGGAACGAAUUCCGGAGGAAACAUCUGAACUCCACAGACAAGGACGACAAGACCAUCAUGUGGGAAGACUGGAGAACAUUCAAGCCAGCAGUAGGGACAGCUAAAGGUGGUCCUUACUUAGCUGUCCACCUGCGCAGAGGAGACUUUGCCCGCAGCCACAGUAAGAACGUCCCCAGUCUGCAGGGGGCCGCCAAACAAAUCAGGCAGAUCAAGAAGGAACAAAAACUCAAGAAAGUCUACUUGGCAACAGACGCUAAUGACCAAGAAGUAAAAGAGCUGCAGAAGAUGGUGAAAGGUAUAGUGAGGUUCAAGCCCUCUAAAGAGGAACUGAAUAAGAUGAAGGAUGGAGGAAUUGCCAUCAUUGACCAGUGGAUAUGUUCACAUGCAAGGUAUUUUGUAGGAACAGCUCUCUCCACCUUUUCCUUCCGUAUCCAUGAAGAACGCACAAUCUUGGGCUUCGAACCCAAAACCACCUACAACCGACUAUGUGCCGACAACCAGAGUGCUGAAGAGUGUGAGCAGCCUUCUGCUUGGCCAGUGGUUUAUUAACGACAAAUAUUUUAUUGCUAUAGUUAUCAUAUUAGGAAAGAAUGGACUUUUGUAAUAGCAGUUUCUUUAGAAUAUCCGGGGGUAUAUUUUCCCUGGUGGUCAAACCUUUAUAUCAUAUGUUUAUUUCAUAGUGGUGCUUAACAGGGGUUGUUCUGAACAGAUUAAAACCAACAAGUUCAAGUGAUUUUGUCACAACUUAUUCAACAGAAUGCCAAACCUGUAUACAUGCAAAUGCAAUAAAGACCAAUUAUCUAGCAUUUGUAUAUUUAAAAAAUGCCGUAUCAGAAAUUUACUGUAUUAUGUAAAGUCAUUUUUGGAAAAUGAUUCCCCUGUCCAACAUUGCAUUUUAUAUUUAUUGUUUUGAUUGGUGUUUGAUACGGUAUGUGCAGUAUUUUCUUGUUAUUGUCCUGUAUUUUAAAGGUUAUAUUUGCAAUACUACUCGCUAAUGAAAUGGAAAUGUCUUCAGCCUGAGUUCCGACAAUAUUUAUAAUAUUUAGAUAUUACUUCAUCACCAUAGUUACUCAUAGUGUAAACAAAGGCACAUUUGUUCAAUGCAAUAAAGUUUUGAUAACAAAAUGAAA